GCUGCACAUGCGCAGUGGCUCCUCUCCUACACAAACCAGGAAGUCAGACACUGAUAUUGUGCAGUUGUCAUGACUUUUGUCUCUGGAACAAGCGCUGCUCCACUUCCAGUUUCUGGAAUAGUCAUAGCCGUAAUAUCAAGUUUUAUCAAUGGGUCGACAUUUGUGCUUCAGAAAAAGGGAAUAUUGCGCUCUCGCGACAGAGGAGUGUCGUACCUUAGAGAUGUGGUGUGGUGGAGUGGAACAAUGGCCAUGAUUGUUGGCCAAAUUGGUAAUUUCCUGGCGUACAAUGCGGCCCCUGCUGUGAUAGUCACACCACUAGGAGCACUUGGAGUGUUAUUUGGGGCAGUGUUGGCUACUUGGGUCCUGAAGGAGCAUUUAAAUAUUCUGGGGAAGCUGGGGUGUGUUUUGUGUUGCUGUGGCUCUGUUGUGCUCAUCAUCCAUACGCCUAAAGCACAGGCAGUGACGUCCAGACUGGAGCUUGAGGAAAGGCUACUGGACCCAGUGUUUCAAACAUAUGCUUUGCUUGUGGUGGUGCUGCUGUUUGCGCUCAUUGUGUGGGUGGCACCAGUUCACGGCUCAUCCAACAUCAUGGUGUACGUCGCCAUAUGCUCCCUGUUGGGAAGCUUCACAGUUCCGAGCAGCAAAGGACUCGGCCUGGUGGGACAGGAGGUGUUUGAUGAUGGGCCGUCGGGCAGCAGAGCUCGGACCCUCUUCCUGGGCUUGCUGGGGACGCUGGCCGUCAGUAUUCUGACACAGUUCUUCUUCAUCAAUAAGGCCCUGGAGUGUUUCACCUCCAACAUGUUUGAAGCCCUCUACUAUGUGACCUUCACAUCAACUGUGAUUCUUGCUUCUGCUCUUCUCUUCAAGGAGUGGACUGCUUUAACUAUAACAGACAGCCUUGCCAUGCUUUGUGGUUUUGCAACAGUGUGUGUCGGGGUUGUUUUACUCCGCAUUUCUCAAGAAGCUUUGAUUAUUUGGAAGAAGAAGGAGGCAGAGGAAAAGACAGACUGACAGAGAUGUCUUAUAUCGUCUAUCAUUUCUAAUAAACACAGUGUUUAUACUAUAUGUACUGUAAUAAUUUCAGUUUAAAUGGUCAGAGCUGCAGUAUAUUUUAUUCAGUGUGCCUAUUAAUUAUUCAGUCUAAUUCCAAAUGCAGAAUGUUUUUUUUCUAAUAGAGUUAUUUGUAAUGCUGAUACCUCAAAUGUGGACUUUGACUCAGUGGCUGAUUGUUUAAUAAGUGUAAUAAAAAUUUUAUUUGA